AUGGAAGAAGUUGCCGCCGCCGCCAUGCUUCAAGUUCUAUUUCAAAACCUGAUCGAGUAUUCCAGGGAUCAGGUCUCACUUGUUCGAGGUUUCAGAAAUGAAGCAGAACAGUUAACUCGGACUCUGGGGAUGAUCCAGACAUUCUUGAGAGAUGCGGAUAUGAGCUCCGUCUCCGGUGAGGCUGUCAAGAAGUGGCUCACGGAUCUCGGAAACAUGGGGUUCGAUGCUGACAACGUUUUGGAUGAAAUCAAAUAUCAUCAACUCUCCAAACAAAGCAAGGCUAUGAUUUCCAUCAAAUCCAUGAAACAAAAGGUAUUCUCACUCUGUCUUCAUAUUUCACGUGCUCGAAGUAUGGCUCUUAGAAUCCAACGAAUCAAUGGCAAAUUGGAUUCCAUUAACAAAGGGGCUGCCGAACUUGGCCUCGUCGGGAGACUUGCAGCUGCUGUGCCCACUUUGCCUGAUGUUGCUCGUGAAACGGUCUCAUUUAGUCUUGAUCCAGUUUUUAUUGGAAGAGAUGAGAUGAGGUCAGAAAUAGUUGAACAGCUUACCGCUUGUAUCACAACUGAUGAACCUAUUUCUAUCCUUGCCAUUGUGGGAAUGGGAGGAUUUGGGAAGACAACUUUGACUAGGAAAGUCUUCCAUCUUCUCAAAGAAAAGAAUCUGUUUGGAUACAUAUUUGGGUGCAUGGUUCUCGAAAUUUUGAUCCACUCAUUCUUUUCAACAAAAUCCUCAAAAGAUUGA